GGUGGACACGCACACAAAAGACUGCGAUGACAACAAGGACGCAGGACAAUAUAAUCUGUACCGUAACUGAGUCGGCAUCAUUCAAAAUGUUCAAGGAGUUGGUAAAGGAAAGACUAAUAGCGGCGGCGGAUGAAAUAUUCGCUCUGUUUGAACGAACGAUAGCGUCGUACGAGGAGGAACUUUGUCAAACACGAGAGGAGAACGAACGACUACGAGAAGCUGUUUGCAAGACUCAAAUUGUGGUACAAGUUGAAGACAUCCAGCAGCUAAUUGGUCGUGCAAAUGGACUUCCCCUUCAGCCACAGGAAGAAAGCUCCACUUUGAAACAGGAAGCUCCUCAGCCCCCACAUGUUAAAGAGGAAGAGGAGGAACUCUGGAUCACUCAUGAGGGAGAGCAUCUUCUGGGGCCAGAGGAGGAUGAUAUUGCCAAGUUGACUGAAGACAAACCACCUGAGUCCUCAGAGCUUUAUCACAGUCCAGGCGAUGAGAACAAAGGAGUGGAGCCGAGCAUCUCACCACUACACACGACGACAGAAGAUGAUGAAGACGACUGUGGAGGAUCACAAGAUGACAACCUUCUAGCUCCACUAUCCGAUAUUGACGACACAAUGUCAUACUCCUCUGAAGACUGCUGUUACACACACUAUGAAAGUGCUAUGAGAACUCACACGGACAACAAACUCUCUACAUGUUAUGCAAAAAAAACACGUAAGAAACAUGGGAUUUUGGAGAACAUUCACAUGAGAACAGACACAGGAGAAAAACCUUCCAUUUGUUCAGUUUGUGGUAAAACAUUCUCUCUGACAUCGACUAUGAUAAGACACAUGUCAACGCACACAGGAGAAAAACCUUUUAGUUGUUCAGUUUGCGGUAAAAGAUUCUCUGAAAAGUCAACUUUAGUAACACACAUGAGAACACACACGGGAGAAAAACCUUAUAUUUGUUCAGUUUGUGGUAAAAGAUUCUCUCUAACUUCAACUUUGGCAACACACAUGAGAACGCACACAGGAGAAAAAACUUCCAGUUGUUCAUUUUGUGGUAAAAGAUUCUCUGAGAAGUCAAACAUGAAAAGACACAUGACGACACACACGGGAGAAAAACCUUUUACUUGUUCAGUGUGUGGCGAAGGAUUCUCUAGGAAGUCAACUAUGAUAAGACACAUGGCAACUCACACAGGGGAAAAACCUUUUAAUUGUUCAUUGUGUGGUAAAACAUUCUCUCAAAAGAUACAUAUGGUAUCACACAUGAGAACACACACGGGGGAAAAACCUUUUAGUUGUUCUGUGUGCGGCCAAAGAUUUUCUCUAAAGACGAAUAUGGUAUCCCAUAGAAGAAAACACACAGGCGAAAAACCUUUUAAUUGUUCAGUGUGUGGCGAAAGAUUCUCUCGAAAGUCAACUAUGAUUCGACACAUGUCAACACACUCAGGAGCAAAACCUUUAAGUUCAUUGGUUGAUAAAACAUCCUCUCAGAAGGGGCAUAUAGUAUAACAGUGGGACACACACACAGGGGAAAAAAAGUUUUAGUUGUUCAGAAUAGAAUGGGACUAUACAGUUCAACUUAGUUCCGAAAGAGUGAAUACAACUGAUGUGCUGUACAGAGGGGUUAUAGCUAAUGUUAAUUUUCCAACUCUUGACCCAUGCUGGGCUUUUAAGAAAAUAACAUACUUUUAAUACACCGUACAAUCAAUCAAUAUACUAAAACAUCGCCGAGUGAAAUUAACUACAAAAUGCAAGUUUGUUUCAGUUUGCAGUGAAACAUUCUCUGGAAAGCCAAAUCUGGUAAAACACUUAAACACACAUGUGAAACACCAUAAAACCUGUUUACUUGCUGUAAAAACAUUUAUUCGUCACAACAGAUUCAGACACACAAUUGAGAAAAACAUUUUAGUGGCUCAGCUUGCACUAGUCUGUAGUAGCCUUAGCGAUGAGUACCUGAAAGAAAUGCUUCCACCGUUUCUUAAAGCAUACUUGCCAACCCUCACGGAUUUUCCGGGUGACUCCCGAAAUUCAGCGCCUCUCCCAAAAACCUCCCGGGACAAAUUAUCUCCCGAAAAUCUCCCGAAAUUCAGGCGGACCUGAGUGACGUGUCGACAGCCUGUUUUCACAUCCGCUUUCCCACAAUAUAAACAGCGUGCCUGCCCAAUCACGUUAUAACUGUAGAAUGAUCGAGGGCGAGUUCUUGGUUUCUUAUGUGGGUUUAUUGUUAGGCAGUUUCAUUAACUUCCUCCCAGCGCGGCAACAACACACAACAGCAGUCACGUUUUCCUCUACCGUACAGCAGUUCGUCUGCCGUAAACGGCAAUGUUGUGACACUCUUAAACAGGACAAUACUGCCAUCUACUGUACAUGCAUAUGUGACCCACCCAUAAUGUGUCACAUUUUUGUGUUGAUUUAUUUAUUUUAUUUUGUGGUUUGAAUUCGUUUUUGGAGCUGUCAUUCCACAUUUAUCAGUAUUCACAUUGGUCAGUAGGGGGCAGUAGGGCCAGGGCUUUUAGAGAGUGCAGUGCACAACUGCGCACACAACAACGAGACGAAGCAGAAUGCAUCAUCAGAGAGGGUGUUCA